ACAGACCACUAGUAAAAUUUAUGCAUUUGAGGAUUUAAAGGUCAUAGAUUGAACUACCUCGUAGCUAUAGAUAGAGUUGUAAUUCCUAAUUUUUGAUUCAUGCAUUUUUUGUUGUAAUGCCCUAUACCCUCUCUGGAGUAUUUUUUUUUUUUUUAAAUGGUCAUUUCAGAGGCACCCAUCCUUGAGCAGUAUAAGUUACAGUCUAACGCUCUCACACCUCUCCUCUCUACAACACACAACCCCAAAAUUCUCAAUCCAACAACACCCUUUGCACACAUAAAACACAAUUUGUUUGCUUUGCUAAAAUGAACUCAAGUAUUAUUUCCAUACUAAAAACCCUAAAUUUAAUAGUGAUGGCUAACUUAGAAUCAUAGUCCAAGAUAUCCGUCUCCGUCGUGAGAGAAUGUUCAAGGCUGGAGUGUUUCUUGCUAGAGCAAUGGAAGCAACUGCAUGGAACCCUGGAAACCUAAUGGUCGCAAUCGCCAUCCAUAAGAAUCCAAGUAUUUAUGCGGUUAAAGCUAUUGAGUCGUCCCAGAGCUUGCUUAAUGAGGCUGCUGUGAGUGAUGACAGAUUGCUCAAGAUGGAUCCCAUCAAAGACCGCCAGCCACUGGCGAAUAUCCAGAAUACACUCCUACAGAUUGGAGGAUUACUCACCUUGAAAAAAGAUCUCUAUGCUGCGCUUAAAAAUAUCAAAUUGCGUCUUCAGGAGCUCCAGGGAGGUAUGUCUAACAACAUUGGUCAGGCUGUUGCAGAGGUUCACGACUUUGUCUGUUUCGCCACAUUUGUCGACUUGAUCCACCCGCAAAGCUCCAUCUUGACCUUCCAAUCCAUCAAGGAGGCGGAGAUUCGCGCAUCCAAGAUGCCAUACCACGAGGCUCGCCAGGCGUUUAUCGAACUCCGCCAGGCUUACGACCUGCAGGACCCCGUUGAGGGAUUCCGUCUAAGCAAAGCCAGGGAAUUGCCUGCAAUUACUAAGUGCAUCAUGGAACAGUGGCACAGAGGUUAUGUUUCCCACGCCUCUGCAACUGGAAAGGUAAGUAUAAAAAACCACCCCUUCUCUCAGUAUUUCUUAUCUAGCACCCCCUACCCUGCACUAUACUAACAUCAGCACGUAGGAAGUUAUUCCUUUCAAGACCGUGUUUGGAUGGUGGAGUCAGUUCAAUCCCUCAUUUCCGAUUGAUAGCGUCGUCAGCUAACAAUAAACGGCCCCCGUUUACAGUCAAUUAUCAGCGCAAAUUUAUCAGCCCUCCCCAAGAGAAAACUACGCCGGUUGUGCAAGAACUUAUCAGCAAAGCCUAUAUCUCGAAGACCAAGUUGCCCGAGGACGAGGACCAGCAACCAUGGAUGCAAGAAGACAAGGAAGCUUUUAAGGCCGUGACCGACCUAGCCAUCUCUAUGACCCCACUUUGCAAAAACGUCCCCUACCCGGAGCAUGUUAAACCAAACCCCCAGAAAAAAAAGCAAUUGCCGAUCUACACCCAGUUCGAAGUUGACCCUCAGAACCAACCGCUCUGCCAAGAACUCCAGAAGCUGUUGGCUCAAAUUUACGAGCUUUUCGAAGAAAAUUCGUGCAAAACUUUUACUAUCAUGACCAACACUCACUAUGGCAAAGUGGAGAACUACCUUAAGUGCUCUACUCAAGACCAGUUACUGUCUUCGAUAAAGCACUUGAAGUAAGUUACCUUCCAAGCUUCAAAGUUUUUUAUUACAUCAAAGCUAAUCUCCAACAGUGCCGUCACCUACUUCUUCACUUCGGUCCGCCAGGUCAGGGUUGUAGUUUCCAAGGAUAGACCCUGGGCGAGUCCUGAGCACCGCAAGGUUGAAGUUCCGAUCCUUGAUGCCGUUAGCAAGGUCUGUAAUGAUCCCACCAUUACAGACGAAGAGCAUCUGGCAGAAAUUACCUGCAAGAGCUUGCCUCAAGUUGGAAUGCACUGUAAGUUCUCCCAGUCACUAGUUUCGGAUAUUUGCUGACUGCCGAAUGUAAUACCUGGAAUAGUCCUUAUCAACUACCGCGGUCCUAUUCACGGUCCUGUUCCCGGUCAUGUUCACGGUCCUGGUCACGGUCCUGUUCACGGUCCUGUUCCCGGUCAUGUUCACGGUCAUGUUCACGGUCCUGGUCACGGUCAUGUUCACGGUCAUGUUCACGGUCCUGGUCACGGUCCUGUUCACGGUCCUGUUCCCGGUCAUGUUCACGGUCAUGUUCACGGUCCUGGUCACGGUCAUGUUCACGGUCAUGUUCACGGUCCUGGUCACGGUCCUGUUCCCGGUCAUGGUCACGGUCAUGUUCACGGUCAUGUUCACGGUCAUGUUCACGGUCCUGGUCACGGUCCUGGUCACGGUCCUGUUCCCGAGGGUCACUAAACUCUACUAUUCCAAGUAG